GGCCAGCGACUGUUGAGCUUAUGGAAAUUAGCUUUCUGUCAUUUCAGUACGAUUUGGACGGUUAAACGUAACACAAGUGUAGCUGUGACAAACGCCGUUGACGUCGGAAUAGUGAAGUGUAGAAUUUAUGAGUUUUUUGAAGUGCUAGUGGACUUGAGCGCGUUUUGGAUACAAAAUUAUAAACAAAAAAUAUAAAAAUAAAAACACCUUGACCACAAGGCGUUAGCAGCAGCAGCAGCAACAGUGAAAAAACGUGUACGAAUUCACUCACAUAGAACUAUCCAACGGAUUUAUUAAAGCAAGCAAUAAAAAGUUUGCUAAAAGCAAAAGCAAAACAAAAACCCAAAAUUCUAGCAACAAAUUUACACAUGUCGCACGGGUAACCAACGCGCUUACUGGAUUUUGAAUUUUCCUUACAAAGAUUACCAGUAAUCAGCAAAUUUUAGGCCUAUGACGGUUAAAUUGCAAUAAGUAGAGAUUUUUAAAUUAAAUUAUCACUCAUUUGUUUGAUUGCAAGAGGAGCAUAAAACAAAUUGGUUUUCAGCGCAGUCAACACAAAAGCACUCAGCGACGACAGCAGCUGACGGAGACGGACUUUUCAACGAACUUAAGCGAAAAAAACAUAUAAAAUAUGUUGAUAACAGCCGCCACCGAUCCCGUCAUGGCCACAAAUAACGAUGGCGGAACAGAGGCACAUUGGAAUCGGAAUGCACAGGCUGCUGUCUCCGUGCGGCAUGCCUUCAAAACAUACGGCAGUAAGAAGAAUGCCAUACAAGUGUUGAAUAACUUAAUGAUGACCGUACCAAAGGGCACAAUCUAUGGUCUCCUCGGCGCCUCCGGCUGUGGCAAGACCACACUACUCUCAUGCAUUGUCGGACGCAGACGCCUCGACUCGGGCGAAAUAUUCGUGCUCGGCGGCAAGCCCGGCACACGCGGUUCAGGCGUGCCCGGCAAGCGUGUUGGUUACAUGCCACAAGAGAUCGCUUUGUAUGGUGAAUUCUCGAUACGUGAGACAAUGAUGUAUUUCGGUUGGAUUUUCGGUAUGGGCACAAAAGAGAUAAUGGAACGUUUACAGUUCCUGUUGAAUUUCCUCGAUUUGCCAUCGGAGAAACGUUUGGUUAAGAAUUUGAGUGGUGGUCAACAGCGACGCGUUUCCUUUGCAGUGGCUUUAAUGCACGAUCCGGAAUUGUUGAUAUUAGAUGAGCCGACAGUGGGUGUGGAUCCGCUGCUGCGACAGAGUAUUUGGAAUCAUUUGGUGCACAUCACAAAGGCUGGUCAAAAGACCGUUAUCAUAACAACACAUUACAUUGAGGAGGCGCGUCAGGCACAUACGAUCGGUCUGAUGCGUUCUGGUCAUUUGCUGGCCGAAGAGUCACCCAGCGUUUUGCUCUCUAUGUACAAAUGUAUAAGUCUGGAGGAGGUUUUCCUCAAAUUGUCGCGCCAACAAAGUCAAAAGGGCGAAAUAUCGAAUGUAAACUUUAGUAAUAAUAUCUCGUUACAUGCUAUGGCAUUCGGCAGCAAAAUGGAUAAGCCCAGUUCGAGUCAAGAAGGAGGCGUGGUCGGCCUGAAUUUCCAUCAGAGUAAAGAAGUGUUGAUCAGCGAAACAAACGGAUCGGUCUUUACGUUGAAUCAAGAACCCUACGAUCCACCAAAUCUGAAACGCAACAAGCCGAAAGACGAAGAGAGCUGCCAAGAUUGCUAUGCGAAUUUGUGUCAGGUUUCUACUAAGGGCAAAAUGAAGGCUUUAUUGACCAAAAAUUUCCUGCGUAUGUGGCGUAAUGUCGGCGUGAUGCUGUUCAUCUUCGCCUUGCCCGUUAUGCAGGUUAUACUCUUCUGUUUGGCGAUUGGACGUGAUCCGACUGGUUUGAAUUUGGCUAUCGUUAAUCAUGAAAUGAACAACACAGAUAUCUGCUAUUGGGAGGAUUCUUGCCAUUUCACAAAUCUCGGCUGCCGCUAUUUAAGCCACUUGAACGACACCAUGGAUAAAACGUAUUAUUCGGAUCUGGAACGAGCCAAGGAUGCGGUGAGAGUGGGCAAAGCUUGGGGUGUGCUAUACAUAACAGAGAAUUUCACAGAUGCGUUCGUAGCACGUAUGGCAUUAGGUCGCGAUGCUGACGAUGAAACCAUAGACCAAUCGGAAGUUAAGGUUUGGCUUGAUAUGUCCAAUCAGCAAAUCGGUAUUAUGCUGAAUCGUGACAUACAACUGGCCUAUCGCGCCUUUGCUAUGGAAUUGCUACAGCAAUGUGGUAAUAAUCCGAAACUCGGCGAUGUGCCAAUACAAUUCAGGGAUCCCAUUUAUGGCACAAUGAAUCCGUCAUUCACAGACUUUGUUGCGCCCGGUGUGAUAUUGACUAUUGUGUUCUUUUUGGCUGUUGCUCUGACGUCAUCUGCUUUAAUCAUUGAGCGUACUGAGGGCCUACUCGAUCGCUCGUGGGUCGCCGGCGUCACACCAAGCGAGAUACUCUUCUCGCAUGUCAUCACCCAAUUCGUGGUUAUGUGCGGCCAAACAACGCUCGUACUAAUCUUUAUGUUGGUCGUAUUCGGUGUAACGAACAAUGGCGAUCUCUUCUGGGUUGUCGUGCUGACAUUGUUGCAAGGUCUCUGUGGCAUGUGUUUCGGCUUUCUCAUCUCAUCGGUUUGCGAGUUGGAACGUAACGCUAUACAACUCGCGUUGGGCUCAUUCUAUCCAACAUUGCUGUUGUCGGGUGUGAUUUGGCCCAUCGAGGGAAUGCCGAUUGUGUUGCGAUACAUAUCGCUCUGCCUGCCGCUAACACUCGCGACCACAUCGUUGCGUUCGAUAUUGACGCGUGGCUGGGAGAUCACCGAGACCGCCGUGUAUUCGGGUUUCUUGAGUACGCUCGCGUGGAUCUUCGGUUUUCUGGUAGUGACGCUGUUGGUGCUGCAGGCGAAACGUGGAUAAAAUGCAGGUGUGACAUUUGCGCGUAGCGUUGGGGCGGCAAAUCGGUACAACAAAUUAAUUUAAAAAAAAACAUUUUUUUUUUACUUACGAUACUAGAAAUUGUACAGAAAUGAAAUUAAGAACAAACAAGAAAAUAACAAGAAUUAAAUAGGAUUUCAUUCAAAUCCAACUGUAUGCAUGCGAACGGAAUGCGGCGCUGACACAAGAAAUCUGUUGUAUCAGCAAAGCGAAAAGUGUCGAUCAAAUUGUAGCUGAGUUUAUAGUUAUAGAGAGAAAAUAAUACAAUUAAAAAAAAAAACUAAUAAAAAAACCAACUGUUGAAGGUGUCUUGUCCUAAUGAUAGCAUUAAUUCAUACAUAUAUAUUGCAUACUAUCUAGUUUAUUUUCGCACACGUGUACACACACACACACACACACACACAUACUUCGUCAACUACUGAAAAGCUAAUAAAGUUCUAUUCUCAUAUUGUUUUUUCAAAAUUUUUUGUUUGGUGUUAGCAAAAAAAAUAUAUAUAGAUAUAUAACGUUAAAUGAAUUUAAAUUCAAAACUUAAUUCUAAGUCAAAAUUUCAGAAGAAUAACCACUCCCUAAAGUGCCGUUCUCAAUUUUCAAAAGCAUUUGUAAAUUAUUUUUAUUUUCUUC